CUGAGCUGCCAAUUUCAAAAAACCCCAGCCAGCAAUUUUGGUAUUGAAUCUAGAGAGUGAGAUCGAUAUGGGUUUAGGGAUGAACUCGAACCCGUCUCCAACCCACUACCACACCCACAAGGUGUUCCUUUUGUGCAACUACAUACUCUUGGGUGCAGCCUCCAGUUGCAUCUUCCUCACCCUCUCUCUCCGCCUCCUCCCCUCCGUCUGCGGUUUCUUCGUCAUCCUCCUCCACAUUUUCACCAUUGUCGGCGCCGUCUCUGGAUGCGCCGCUGCCUCAGCAGGGACCGGAAAGUGGUACGGUGCCCACAUGGUUGCCACCGUACUCACAGCAAUCUUCCAAGGCUCCGUGUCUGUGCUAAUCUUCACCAGAACCGGUGACUUUCUUGGGGAGCUCAAGUCUUAUGUGAGAGAAGAGGAUGCCUCUGUUAUUCUCAAAUUGGGGGGUGGCCUCAGUAUUUUGAUCUUUUGCUUGGAGUGGGUGGUCUUGACCCUUGCAUUCUUCUUGAAGUACUAUGCCUCUGUCGAAGGUGAUCACAUUCAGCUUGGUGGUAAUUCCAGAGCUGCUAUGAGGAGUUCCAAGGUGCAGCAAGAGGAGGAUUUGAAGGAUUGGCCAUGGCCCUUCCAAGUCUAAUAAUCUAUUCCUUCAUUUUAUAUAUUUCAUUCGUUUAUUCAAUGCUUGGAAUUUGGGAAAUGCCUGGGCGAGAGUUUCUUAAAUAAUUCGUACUGUAAGUUUGUAAUUUCCUGUUGUUUGUUUACCUUGUAGAGGUGGUAUAAUAUGGAAUUAAUCUAAAUUCUUACCUUUCCCCCUGAA